UCUGUCAACAAGAGAAGAAUAAAAAGAAGGAAAAAACAUAAAUUAUUUUUCCCUAGUAUUGUUGCUCUCAUUUCAAAAUAUUUAAGAAAAUAUGUGAAUUGUAUUAUAAUUCCACCGUUCGAAAGUCCGGAUUGAAACGAAUUCACAGUGGAUUCGAUAGAUCACUCGGGGUGCAACUUGAAUUUGCUGUUCUGGGACUGUGUAAAUCAUAAACAUACAAAUGGAAGCAAACUGUAUUAAACCCGAAGAUGAUCCGGACAUCCUUGCGGAGGACAACACACGACCAUCGUUGCCGGAAGAUUUUCCCAACUUUCGAUAUUUCCAGAUUGAGAAAAUGGUACAACAUUUCCGAGUGGUUACAGAUGGUUCGGAACAACGACUCCGACUGGGGUUUAAGUGUAAAAUAUGCAGCGAGGUGUUCAACAAGACGAUGCAGCUCUUGGGACACAUUCGGAACCAUUUCGAAGAGAAUCACAGUUGUAGAGAUUGUGGAAAGUAUUUCUUUGACACCAACAAACUUCAUAUCCACAAAAGGGCAAAGCAUACUCAAGCGUUAAAGUGUCAACUGGGAUGUCCAAGUUAUACUACUUCCAACAUAAAAUGUCUUCAAACACACUAUUUGCGUUAUCACUGUUUGAAGAUCCGACCGAGAGAAAUGAAAAAGUUGGAAGAAACGUUUGGCCCUUUUCAUCAGUCGGUUAAAAAUGAUAAAAUUAGGAUACAACGAGAACAAAUUGUCGACAAACAGCGACAAUUCGUUGCAGUGCAGUUGCAGCCGAAAGAUGAAGAAGAAGAAGAAGAAGAGGAGGAAGAAACACAAGAACAAGAACAAGAGGCGGAUCAAGAACAAGAUGAUGAAGAUUUCUACGAAUACGAAGAUGUAGGUCAAACGGUGGAGUGUUGUGUCUGUGACGUGUACAUUCCUAGUGAGGAUGACCUUCAAGUACACGAAGAAACCCACAGUAGUCCGUAUACUUGCAAAAUUUGUUCGACUUCCUUCGAACAGCUGUGUGACGCGCGUAAUCAUUAUGACGCUCAUGAAAAAACUCAAGUUAUGCAGAGUCCCGUGCAGAUGCAUACCGUAACUGUUGCACCAGUUGCAGCAGUACAGCAUCAAACCCAGCACGCAUCGAUUCCGUUGGUAACCACAGCAGGUCAGCAACAUAAUCCUACUCCAAAUGUAACCACGAUGAUCAUCAUGCAUAACGGAACUCCCAUACUGGUGCCAGUACAAACCUUCGACAGCAAUCAGCUGGUUCCAGCGUUCCAAUCUCAGCAGAUACCUACACAAAUCAACGCCCAACCUGCAACCGCCACAACUACAAUCACCCCCAUUAGUACAGCUUGGCCAAUAAAUCAGCUGCUUCCCGUGAACAAUCAAAUCGAAAUCAUUCCGAUCCAUUCGGCGACGCAGGUGUCUGCAGGCACGGCUGGAACCAGCUCAACAGCCACACUGAACCCAGCGGCAGCGCAUGCAAUCCCAAUCCAGAACAUUAUCAACGUUCGACAUGAUCAAAACGCCCCAGGAGGAAUCGUUAUUACUCCCGUCGCGACAAUGGAUCAAAAUUAUCUAAGACAGCAACAAGUCCUCCAAGCACAGUUGCAAUUACAACAUCAGCAACAGCAGCAGCAGCAACAACAACAACAACAGCUGCAGCAGCAGACACAACAGAAACAACAUUACCAAACCCAGUCCUAGGUUUGUUUGUGCAUCGUAGGAGAUGAAAAUUGCUGUGAGGACACAGCAAUCAUUGUUGGAUGCUUUCCCGUUUCGGAACAGACGAAAGAUACGUUAUAUCGAGGACCCAAACGAUGGAAGUAUACCAUAUCACGGUAUUUGACAAAAAAAAAAAGAUAGUGAUUCUAGUAGUCAAUAAAAUGUAUCGAAUCGAGUUAGUAUUGUUCCGCUUUUCGAUAUUGAGUUAUCAUUAUUUCUGAUAGUUUAUUAUUAUGAUUAUUAUUAUUAUAUUUAAUUUAGUGAACAUAAUCGGUGCACGUAUCAUUGGAAAUAAAAGUACGUUUUAUAUGUACAAAA